AGCAUAUCAGAAGCGAGUUAUUUAACAUAGCUAGGAACAAGCAAUACCCGAGAGGAUCCAUACGUCAAACGGAUACUUCACGUAUUUCCCGAACUGUAGUUUCAAAAGAGAUUACAAAUGCUAAGAAAUUAGAUCACUCUGAAGAAGAUACAGAAGAAUUGUUCUUAGACAUUUUAAGAGAAAUAGAAUCGGGACAAGACUGCAAAAUGCACUUUUCAAAAUGCCUGCACACCGAAGUUAAACAAACAGCAGCAAUAUCGGAAAUGAAUGGAGACGGGCGACCUAAAAUGGAUGUGUAUAUGUCGUCAGAAGGUCAGAAAGAAAUUCAAACGCAGGCCGGGAAAGAGCAUGUUUUACAUCAGAUUGAUCGGACUGUAGGUAAUGAUACGCUGGCCAUGGUUGAUGAAAAUACACGGGAACGGUGCAUUUCAGAAGAAACAGAUUCGGAAACUGGCGUUCAAAUGAAUUGUUCAAAAGCAUUUACUGAUUCCGAAAUAAGGUGUGUUUCGUCUGACGUUCAUAAUGAAAUGAGAAAGAUGACAGAGGAAGAGGGGAUCUUUCAUCGAACUGAACAGGAUACUUAUGAUGACUUGAUUUCCCUUGUAACAAAUGGAAUGUGCGUAGAAAUAGCGGAGAAAGAAAUGUACGAAGUAUAUCACAAAUUGCAGUGUUCAUGGAAGUUGCAAAAUGAAAUCUUAAUCAACGUUAUGCAGACAGAAAUCAGAUCUGUUGCAUCAGACGUUGUUAAUGAAAUGCGGGAUAUAGCGGAAUUUUUAGAUCGAACUCAACAGGUUAUUCAUGCUGAAACAUUUACACUUGUGACGCACAAAAUGUGCGCAGCUAUUGCUGAAGAAGAAAUGUAUGAAAUACAAUACAAAUUGCAAUGUUCAGGACAGUUACAGAAUAUAAUCCUUGAAAAUGUCACACAAAAUGAAAUCAGGUAAGAGUUCACACAAUAUUCAAACAUGACUCAGAAUGUUGAUUUCUGCUCACUUCGAAAUGAGCAAAAUAUUAUGUUAUUUACAAUGUAAGAUCUAAGUUUAACAUGUCUAUUAUGACAUAUUUCAGACAGCUCGUCUUGCUUUAAAUGUGUACCUUAACUUUUAUGGAUUCUACUUGUCUUCACAUCGAUUAA